CUAAACUGCUUGAUCUGAGUUCAACCGAUGUGAGAAGUGUGUUCGCUACUUUGGACUUUUAUGCUCUCGUCCACUUUAAUUGCAUAGAGUAUCACCAUGUCGGUGGCGUUUGCACCUCACAGGCAGCGCGGGAAGGGUGAUAUAACACCCGCUGGAAUACAAAAGUUACUUGACGAAAACAACCAGCUGAUCCAGUGUAUAAUGGACUUCCAAAGUAAAGGCAAAACAGCAGAAUGUUCACAGUAUCAACAGAUGUUGCACAGAAAUUUAGUGUACCUGGCCACGAUAGCAGACUCCAAUCAGAACAUGCAGUCUCUCCUCCCUGCUCCGCCCACUCAAAACAUGCCCAUGGGACCUGGUGGGAUGAGCCAAAGUGGACCCCCCCCUCAGCCUCCUCACGGUCACAACAUGCCGUCUGAGGGUAUGGUCAGCGGUGGCCCUCCAGCCCCACACAUGCAGAACCAGAUGAAUGGACAGAUGCCUGGGCCUAAUCACAUGCCCAUGCAAGGUCCAGGCCCCAACCAGCCCCCAAACAUGCCCAGUGGCUCUAUGAAUAUGCCCCCCAGCAGCCAUGGCUCGAUGGGUGGUUACAAUCACACCGUCCCUGCUUCCCAGGGCAUCCCAGCGCAGAGCCAAAUGAACAUGACCCAGGGCCAGCCCAUGGGAAACUAUGGGCCUCGGCCAAACAUGAACAUGCAGCCCACUCAAGGCCCCAUGAUGCACCAGCAGCCUCCCUCUCAGCAGUAUAACAUGCCUCCUGGUGGUGGUGCGCAGCACUACCAAGGACAACAGACUCCAAUGGGCAUGAUGGGCCAGGUCAACCAGGGGAACCACGUCAUGGGCCAGAGGCCAAUGCCGCCCUACAGACCCCCACAGCAAGGACCCCCUCAGCAGUACCCAGGGCAGGAAGACUACUAUGGCGACCAGUACAGUCACGCAGGACAGGGAGCCUCAGAAGGUAACGCCCAGUAUGGCCAGCAGCAGGAAGCAUACCAGCAAGGCCCCCCCCAGCAGCAGGGCUACCCUCCUCAGCAGCAGUACCCGGGUCAACAGGGCUACCCACCGCAGCAGCAGGGCUACGGGCCUACCCAGUCUGCCCCAGGACAGUAUCCCAACUAUCCUCAGGGGCAGGGACAGCAGUACGGGGGCUAUCGCCCUCCUCAACCGGGACCCCCACAGGGCCAGCCGCAACGCCCUUACGGCUAUGACCAGGGACACAUCAGGAAAUAAAGACCCGGGGAUUUGAACCCCUGACUAGCUCUGUAAGAAGCAAAGGGCCAGUAUGGGAAUUACCAGCAAUGAGAGACGGUCACAGCAACCCACACAGCUCCGCUCUGAUCUCUGCCUCAACUUUGACCUCUG